UGUUGCCAUAGCAUCCGGGUUGGGCGAACCAAUCCGGACGUCCCUGCCGAACAGAGGCGGGCAGUUCGCAUCUUCGACCAACCCGAGGCGUUUUUGUUGUGGCGUGUGACCGGAGGAGGCGGGAGCUCAGGACCGGCGCCUUCUCCUUGCUUCUGGGGUCGUGGCCUUCCUCCCGCUGUGCGGGAAAAGAAUCUAGGCCCUUCCACGCGCUUGUGAGCGCGGGGGCCCCGGAGUGCUCGUGGUUCCGCGCUAGGUCUCCGUGGGGGGGCAGGAACCGGAGCUAUGGGUGGGACCGCCAGCACCCGCCGAGUCACCUUCGAGGCGGACGAGAAUGAGAACAUCACGGUGGUGAAGGGCAUCCGGCUUUCGGAAAAUGUGAUUGAUCGAAUGAAGGAAUCCUCUGCAUCUGGCUCGAAGUCUCAGCGGUAUUCUGGUGCUUACGGUGCCUCAGUUUCUGAUGAAGAAUUGAAAAGAAGAGUGGCUGAGGAGCUGGCAUUGGAGCAAGCCAAGAAAGAAUCUGAAGAUCAGAAACGACUAAAGCAAGCCAGAGAGCUAGACCAAGAGAGGGCUGCUGCCAAUGAGCAGUUAACCAGAGCCAUCCUUCGGGAGAGGAUAUCAAGUGAGGAGGAACGCGCUAAGGCAAAGCACCUGGAUAUUGAAGACAAAGCUAGGCAGCUGGAAGAGAAAGACCGAGUGCUCAAGAAGCAGGAUGCAUUCUACAAAGAACAGCUGGCUAGACUGGAGGAGAGGAGCUCAGAGUUCUACAAAGUCACCACUGAACAAUAUCAGAAAGCUGCUGAAGAGGUGGAAGCAAAGUUCAAGCGAUAUGAGUCUCAUCCAGUCUGUGCUGAUCUGCAGGCUAAGAUUCUCCAGUGUUACCGUGAGAACACACACCAGACCCUCAAAUGCUCUGCUCUGGCCAGCCAGUAUAUGCACUGUGUCAAUCAUGCCAAACAGAGCAUGCUUGAGAAGGGAGGAUAACAACUCAGAACAAGCAAACACCAUCAACGUUAAUUCCAGAGAUGGAACAUUUUUUUUCCUAGUAAGCAAACAACCCAUUUGAAGAGAAGACCACUAAUGAGAAGACCACUAAAGAGAGACACCAGAGAAUGGAUUCAACAGAAUCAUUUCACAUUUUGAACAGUGGCAAUUUGAAGGGCCAAAGCCUUGACCAGGCGUCAGUCAUUAAAGGACACCCCUCAGUAUUAGUAAACCCUCUUAUGACGAUUGAAAGAGAAGGGCAGCCUUCUCCACCUUUUGGUACUUUCUGUUCAACUUCCACUGACUAUAAAAUGUUUCUCUUCUGAGGGAGCCCCAUCAUUUGGUGAAGCUCCACCCUAACAAAGUGGGAUGUAUUGGGGGGCUAAAUGAACUGGAGUGGGGUGAGGAGAGAGUCAGAAAACAUCGCUCUUGGGGCAGCAGUGCGGGGUGGAAUUGUCUAGGCUGCGGGAUGUUGGUUUUGUCUCUCUUUCUUUUCUUCUUUGCUUAUAUAAGAGCAAUUUCAUUUUAACUUACUAUGGCGAUCAUACAGGCAAGAAGGCAAAAAGGAGCGAAAAUGUACCUCUUUUACUGGAAUAAUGUUUAUGAUUACAAGUGAGAUAAGGUAUUUUUAUCAAUAUGAAGGCAACCUUGGCUGAUAUAACCUCGGUAGUGAAUACUGACAUCUUUACUUCACUCACUAUCCAUAAUAAAUAUAUUUUCUGACAAAGACUCGCAUUGUAGCUCCACGCCUCACACAUUCCUUUGGCUGGGUUACAUGGCUAUGUUUAUGGGAAUUGAGCUGAUUUUUAUUGUUAAUAAUUUGCAUUUGUGCUGUGCCUUUCCUCUCAAAGGCUCCAGAGCAUUUCGCAGAGCCUCCAACAGGCAAGUGAUCCUUGUAACUCACCUCUCAGGUAGGUAGAAUUCGGGAAGAUCUUUACAAAUGGUAUUAACCUUCCUUUCUUUGGGAUGACUUAAGUCAUCCUGCCUGGGGCAAGAACUAGAUUAGAUAACAUUGGUUGGGACCUUCUGACCCCGUAAUACUACAAAACGUUUAGAGAAAAUUAGGUUUUUUUCCUCUUUCCAAUUUAUCAGGACUUCCUGAUUAUAACUCUCCCUUUUUUACCAGGAGUUGAAUGAGUUGGAAAUAAGUAGCCACACUGAAGCUAAAUGGGAAGGUGCUUUGGGGAAGCAGCAGGAAAGUAGCAGUGCUCUGUGAUACCCUUUAAGUGUCUUUUGUCAUGCAGGAUUUUUAUUUUAUUUUGUUACCAAGCAAGCGUAUUACAGGUUCUGUAUUCUUAAUCAGUGUUCAGAUUCUGGCUGUGCUGUGGAAUUCACCGCAUACUUCUUCAACUGCAAAAUGGGGGUAAAUGGAAAAACUAACUUUUAGGCUUACGGUGAAGAGUCCAAAUGCUUACUCACCACAUACGUUUGGUCAGACCCAGUAAAUGCUGGUUUGUGUGAUGAUUCAGUAAACUGGCAUUUGGAGCUGGGGGCAUAGAACAUACUCCCAGGUACCUUUUAUUUAAAGUCGGGUUGCACCUAUGAUGGGCCAGUCUCAGCCAUCCUGUGUGAGUGUGCCUGCGGCUGCUCAUUCAUUCAGGUCCCCAGGUGAUGGCUCCCUCCAAGUGACACGUUCAUGGACACGUGGGGACAUACCUGUUGGCCUAAUGUUGAUUCUGAGCAACACUGGAGACUCUCCUGCUGUAUUUACUAACAUGCUCUGUGAUGACUGGUUCAUGAAGGUUUUUUGUUUGGGUUUUUUUGUUUCUUUGUUUUGUGGGGGCUUUUAGGUUUCUUUUUAAUGGCAUGAAAGAAGCUGAUUUUUUUUAAGUGUGAAUAAGGGUUCACCAGUAACUUGACGAGCAGCACGUUUUGAUGCCAUCAGGGUGGCAUCCAGGUAGCUGCCUGAGAGAAAUGGAAAAACCCAAGAGACACAAAAACAAAUGUUUACAUGGCGACUUGCUCUGGUGUUUGCAAAUCAGCUAACUCACAAAUUCCCUCCUUUACUGUUUUGUUUUGCAGUUUAGAGCCAAGCACUUGGCACAUCCCAGGCUGCCAGUCUUGCCUCUGGCAGGGAAACGCAGCACGGUAGAGUCAGGCGUCUAAAGUGGGCGAAAUCCAGGGGAACGGGGGUUGGUUCAUCAGGCCGUCUCUCCCUGCAUUGCUUAUUAAUUUAUCAUUCUGAUAAACAUGGUAGGUGCAAGAGAAAAGCCAGCGCUUUGGGGAAAUAAAGGAUGAAAGGAUGCCUUUCUCUGCAUCCUUGGAGAGUUCCCUGCUGAUGGCAUCACAGCUCUGCCCGGUCACAGUAACUUUCCAGACUGCUGCUUGGGAAGAAUGUUGUGAUUUAUAUGAGGCUGUGGAGUGAUACAUUCCAAUCAGUCAGUUUCCCCGUUAAGUAGAACACACUUUGAACCACAGUAGUUUAGCUCACGGAGCCAAGAAGAAUAAAGGGUCUUGAAAGCUGGUCAGAGGUUAUCACACUAAACAAAUGUUUGAUGGACUUCUGGACGAUAACUGGGUUGAAUCAGCACAGAGUCCUCUUUGAGAAGUCAAUAACAUUACAGAAUACUGGCCAGCAUGCAGUAGUUGAGAAAAGUAUUGACUAAUCAUGAUUAGCAGCAAAUGUGGACUGCUAAAAGCCAGACGCCUGUGGCCAGCUGGUCAACCCACAAGACGCCUCCCUGCAACAGUUUUUAGCAGUAUUUGGCUUAGAACUGAACAGGUAGUCACAUAUCCUUGACUUCUGGGGCUGAGAAAUGGAAAACGUGGUUCUUCCUGUAUUCCAGCCUGCAGGUAUCAUUGCUUUUGCCAGAAACCCACAUUUUAGUGAGCUGUAGGACCUGACCCUUUCUAGAUUUAAGAAUGAAAGCAACAAAAUCUCAGAUCAGGAGGAAUAGGUCAAGAGAUCUAUUGUACACAUGCUGACUAUGGUUAAUAAUGCUAUAUGGUAUUCUGGAAAUGAGUUUUUUAAAGAAUUAGCAAUUGAACAAUUGGAAGGGCCGCAGUAACUUGUGAUU